UUUUCUCUUUGGCAACAAAUGUGUUGAAAAGAUUUCGUCUUAAAUUGUUUGAAUAUUUAUUAUCUCCUUGAUUGUGAUAAUUUAAUUGUCCAUUUUAGUUGAUGUUAAUUUUUCGUUGAUUGACUUGACAAUUGUUCCAUUAUGUCUCUACUUUCAUCUUUUAUCAGAACAGCGAGUCGAGUACCGACCAGUAUCUCCCGAACCCAAUUCAAUGCUUUAUUUUCAACUAGUCCCGAAUGGAAGGAGAAACUUGAUAAAAUGGUUUCAUCUAAUAAGGUUGUUGUUUUCAUGAAAGGAGUUCCAAAUGCUCCUAGAUGUGGUUUCUCAAAUGCUGUUACUCAGGUUCUUCGGAUGCAUGGAGUUGAUUAUGAUGCACAUGACGUUCUAAGUGAUGAGGAUCUUAGACAAGCGAUUAAAGAUUACACCAAUUGGCCUACUAUACCUCAAAUCUACAUAAAUGGACAGUUUGUCGGUGGAUGUGAUAUUAUACUUCAAAUGCACAAAACUGGUGAACUAAUUGAUAUGCUCAAAACAAUUGGUAUAAAAUCAGCUUUAAGUGAAACAGAAUCCCAAUGACAUUUACUUGUUAGUUUAUAAUUAUCACUUAGUGUAUUUAUGAUGAGCCAAAAUCCAUGUUUCUACAAUCGGCCAUUUUGCUCACUACUUUUUUGUUUUGCCUUCUUCGUACUCGAAACAGCAAAAGAAAGAGAGAGAAUCAAUUAUCUCUCUUCCUCAUCUCUCUGAUAUAUAUUUUCAUCAAAGAGAUAAUCUUGAUUCAUAUAUAUUCAAAAAAAUGUUGCAAAAUAGCAAUUGUAACUAUACCAAACUGAGUAAAUCAAAAUUGAUCAAGUUAAAUCAACAAAUCAAACCAAAAACUUAGUUAUUUAACCUGAUAAAUUGUGUAGUUUUAGUCAACAAUUGUAAUACCAAACCAACGAUUGUGAUUUUGAUUUAAAGAUCAAUCUAAAUCUCCCACUAAAUCAAAGUUUACUUUUUAUUGUAUUCAGAUAAAUUACCAUUAGGAAAGAGACUUGUUGAGGCUCAUUGAAAUUCAUUGUAUCAUAAUUAGACUCAAAUUGUAGCUGUUAUAUAUUUUAAUUAAUUUCUAAAUUUGUGGAAACCAACAAAACAAAAAAAGGAAAAGAGAUGACCAGGAGAGAGGAAUCAUCAUCAAAAAGGAAAAGUAACCAAGGAUAAAGACAAAGAUAAAAGUGCCAAUGCUGUUUACAGGAAGGAAAAAGAAUUAAAUUGUCAAGUCCAGUUUACAUCGAAAA